AUGGACUGCCGGCAAGCAUUCGACCUCGCCUUCCACUGCCAGUCCCCCGGCGGCCAGUGGAACGCCAUCUACCGGUACGGCUCGGUGCGGACGUGCAGCGACCUGUGGGACGACUUCUGGUUCUGCAUGCGCAGCAAGGGCUACUCGGGCCCGAUGAAGGAGGACCUCAUCCGCGAGCACUACCGCAAGAAGGAGCACGCCAAGUACGGGCCGGGGAAGCCCAGCAGCGAGGACAUCUGGGAGCCGCGGGAGCGCAAGGUCGAGCCGGGGACGGUGUUCAAUGAGACGUACGAGCAGCCGGACGUCAGCGAUGCUGAGUGGCAGCAGGCGGAGAUGGAAAGACUUCGGAGGAUUAGACAGGGACUGUAA